GCCAGCGCCCAGCGGGACGCGAAAGCCCGGGCCCAUCACCAUAGGCAAUCACAAUUCCCUUUCCCCUCGCCGCCGCCUCGCUCUCUGCCUUUUCCACCUCCCCCAUUCCCACCCGCCGAUUCACUCACCUUGGGGCCUCACGCGGUCGCGCCUCCAGCCUCCCCUACCCCUACUCCCCUCGCGCCCAGGGAGGAGCCCGAGUCGCGGCGAGCGAAGAUUCCCUCCGAUUGCUCUCCUCCUAGAACUUCCGAUCGGCUCGUGAUGGCCAUGCAGCAGCACGCGGCGUCGGCGUCGAGCUCCAGCUUGGGGCUGCACCUUCUCGCCUCGCCCUCGUCCAUCAGGGAGGCCACCCACACCAAGGUUUUCGUGGGCGGGCUCGCCUGGGAGACCAGCAGCGACAGGCUCCGGCGCUUCUACGAGCGCUUCGGGGACAUUCUCGAGGCCGUCGUCAUCACCGACCGCCACUCUGGCCGCUCCAAGGGAUACGGAUUCGUGACAUUCCGUGAAGCCGAGUCCGCGAGCAAGGCCUGCGAGGACCCCACGCCGGUGAUCGAUGGCAGGCGCGCCAAUUGUAACCUGGCAUCUUUGGGUCGAGCCCAGCAUCCCGUGCCCCCUGGGCGGCCAAGAUCAGCUGGGUCCUAUUUGGGUGUCCCAGUUCCAAAGGCCUUCUAUUUAGGGGGUUACAGCCACCACCGACCGUUUCCACUUGGGUACUACCAAGGAUUUCCUGUUCCCCAGUACAGUUACCCUUCAUAUGGGACCGAAUACAUCUAUCCACAGGGUACAUUAAACUCAUAUUCCGGUCAGCAAUAUCUUCCUAUUUAUGGAGUCUCAGCUGCAGCGAACACAUCCAACCAAGCAUUUAGCCAGCUGAGUCCAUCCGUUUCCGGUGGUGGCAAUGGUUAUUUGUCGGUUCAUAGUUACAACGUGCCUGGAAAUCAAUAUGUGCAGCUCACUGGAUCCAACUUCAGCGGUGCAUCACCAACCGCUCGACCUUCCAUUCAGACUUCUUUUUUAGUAGCAACACCCGUUCCUGCACAUCCACACCUAAUAAUUCCAGCCCCCUCACCCCAGUUUACACAAGCUAGUGGUUCAGACCAAAGUGCAAGUUGAACUGUGCAUCCAAACAUUUGUACCUUGAGUGUUUUGGUUCAUGGCAGGUACCCUUAGAUUGCAGCAGGACUAAAAAGAGCAGUGUUGCUGUAUUCACAGCAUUUGUUCUUGCCUGGCAAGCAAUCAUCCUUGCAUUCAUAAGGUUGUCGUUAUCAUGGUCAACAGAUGUACCUGGAAACCAUGAAGUUGCCCCUAUGGAUGGGGCAAGUGAUCCAAGAGUAACAGUUGCUCUUGCAGUUUCGCUCAGUUUAAAUCGCAAGCGUGAUGGAAAUGUAGCUUAUGCUGGAAUGGAGUCCAGCAUAUGUAAGAUGGAUUAAUCCAAUGGAGAUCAGCCUUCAGGUGAUUGUGCAUCUGAAAAUUCGUGUUGGUGUGUGGUCCCUAGUCCCAGUCACCGUGCACAGGGUCUGAUGAUCAAGAAGUGUGUCCUGUCCUGUACAAGUCUGCAGUCAUCAACUCAUCACCCCGUUGUCUGCAUGACUAGGGCCUGUUUGGUUUGGUGUCUAACUUGCCACACUUUGCCUAACUUUUCUGUCUAAGGUUAGUUUUUCAAUUCGAAGGACUAACCUUAGGCAAAGUGUGGCAGAUUUAGCCACCAACCAAACAGCCCCUACAUUCAUCAGCGGUCAGCCUUUGGACCAAACUCUGGAAGACCUAGCUACUCUCUUUUCCUGAGAGUUACCAGUAAGUGUAUCCAGUUCUGUAUGCAGUCAUCAUCGUGUUGUUUACACCACUGGGUUGUAGCCAGUGAUGAUAUGAUCAUUCGUCUGUACCAAAUUUUUAUUGUUGCAACUAAGGUGUGAUCUAGCGUGUAGUGCUCUGUGUUUGGUGGUUUCAAGUAUAGAGCGCUUCUCUUGUACUUCAAAAUAAACCCGUUUACCCAUGAUGAUGCUAUAUUUAGUAGAUUUCUCUUCUGAUUA